AUGAAUCUGCCAAAGGGGCCGGAUUCUCUGUGUUUCGACAAGGACGUGUUUAUGAAGGUAAGAAUUUGACUUUUGAAACUAGCUAGCUGGCUAGCAAUGCCAUAGGUUAGAUAGCAGUGAUCAGCCAAACUGGCUUCAUCACUUGUUAUGACACGAAUUAUAUAAGUUUGUCUGCUAGUAUGUAUCUAUCUUCUUCAUCAAACUGUUCAUACCCGAUUAGAAAUGGCAAGCAGUUAGCAAGUUAGUUUCUGCUGGACAUAAUUUGCAUCAUUUUAGCUAGCUAGCUAACUAACUACAUGAUCAAUCAUGGCAUGUUUUCUUCUUCUGUUGCAUUCAGGAUGAUUUCGACGUGGAUCAGUUUGUUGCAGAUUGCAGAAAGCAUGUCCAACUGGAGGAGAUGCGCGAGGAUCUUGAGAUGUAUUACAAACAGCUCAAAACAGCCAUGGUUGAGCUCAUCAACAAAGACUAUGCCGACUUUGUCAACCUCUCCACCAAUCUGGUGAGUUCCUAUGGCUGACACGUUCAUAAGCUGCAUUAAUGAAUGUUUGCAACCAUGCAUUCUCAGCCAAAUAACAAGAUAGCAAUCAUAUUUUACGAUGAUAUAAAAAAAUUAAAAAAAACUAGGAGCAACUGAGAGCAACAGCAGGAAUCUGCUCAAUAUCGAUGUAGCAAUCUAAAUAGAUGUGAUGAUGAUGUCAGUUUGUUCUUCCAAACAGUUGCUCCAGCUAGGAUCAGGACUUUUACAUGUCAAAUAGACCUAAUAGCUACAGUAGUUAGAUAAUAAUGGAUAUAAUCUAUUUAGGUUGGAAUGGACAAAGUCCUGAACCAGCUAUCAGUACCACUGGGUCAGUUGCGUGAAGAGGUGCUGGUAGGUGUUCUGUUUCACUCAAUUUUUUUCAUAUUAUGAUAAAUUGGAUUCACCUUCAUUUCUGUUGAGUUGGUCACACAUGUUGUCCUAUUUCUGUUGACAUGGUCACACAUGUUGUCCUAUUUCUGUUGACAUGGUCACACAUGUUGUCCUAUUUCUGUUGACCUGGUCACACAUGUUGUCCUAUUUCUGUUGACAUGGUCACACAUGUUGUCCUAUUUCUGUUGACUUGGUCACACAUGUUGUCCUAUUUCUGUUGACUUGGUCACACAUGUUGUCCUAUGUCUGUUGACAUGGUCACACGUUGUCCUAUUUCUGUUGACAUGGUCACACACGUUGUCCUAUUUCUGUUGACAUGGUCACAACUGUCCUAUUUCUGUUGACUUGGUCACACAUGUUGUCCUAUUUCUGUUGACAUGGUCACACACGUUGUCCUAUUUCUGUUGACUUGGUCACACAUGUUGUCCUAUGUCUGUUGACAUGGUCACACGUUGUCCUAUUUCUGUUGACAUGGUCACACACGUUGUCCUAUUUCUGUUGACAUGGUCACAACUGUCCUAUUUCUGUUGACUUGGUCACACAUGUUGUCCUAUUUCUGUUGACAUGGUCACACACGUUGUCCUAUUUCUGUUGACUUGGUCACACAUGUUGUCCUAUUUCUGUUGACUUGGUCACACAUGUUGUCCUAUUUCUGUUGACAUGGUCACACAUGUUGUCCUAUUUCUGUUGACUUGGUCACACGUUGUCCUAUUUCUGUUGACUUGGUCACACACGUUGUCCUAUUUCUGUUGACAUGGUCACACACGUUGUCCUAUUUCUGUUGACUUGGUCACACACGUUGUCCUAUUUCUGUUGACAUGGUCACACAUGUUGUCCUAUUUCUGUUGACUUGAUCACACAUGUUGUCCUAUUUCUGUAGACUUGAUCACACAUGUUGUCCUAUUUCUGUUGACUUGGUCACACAUGUUGUCCUAUUUCUGUUGACUUGGUCACACAUGUUGUCCUAUUUCUGUUGACUUGGUCACACAUGUUGUCCUAUUUCUGUUGACUUGGUCACACAUGUUGUCCUAUUUCUGUAGACUUGGUCACACAUGUUGUCCUAUUUCUGUUGACUUGGUCACACAUGUUGUCCGAUUUCUGUUGACUUGGUCACACAUGUUGUCCUAUUUCUGUUGACUUGGUCACACGUUGUCCUAUUUCUGUUGACAUGGUCACACACGUUGUCUUAUUUCUGUUGACAUGGUCACACACGUUGUCCUAUUUCUGUUGACUUGGUCACACAUGUUGUCCUAUUUCUGUUGACUUGGUCACACAUGUUGUCCUAUUUCUGUUGACUUGGUCACACAUGUUGUCCUAUUUCUGUUGACUUGGUCACACGUUGUCCUAUUUCUGUUGACAUGGUCACACACGUUGUCCUAUUUCUGUUGACUUGGUCACACACGUUGUCCUAUUUCUGUUGACAUGGUCACACAUGUUGUCCGAUUUCUGUUGACUUGGUCACACAUGUUGUCCUAUUUCUGUUGACUUGGUCACACGUUGUCCUAUUUCUGUUGACAUGGUCACACACGUUGUCUUAUUUCUGUUGACAUGGUCACACACGUUGUCCUAUUUCUGUUGACUUGGUCACACAUGUUGUCCUAUUUCUGUGACUUGGUCACACAUGUUGUCCUAUUUCUGUUGACUUGGUCACACAUGUUGUCCUAUUUCUGUUGACUUGGUCACACGUUGUCCUAUUUCUGUUGACAUGGUCACACACGUUGUCCUAUUUCUGUUGACUUGGUCACACACGUUGUCCUAUUUCUGUUGACAUGGUCACACACGUUGUCCUAUUUCUGUUGACUUGAUCACACAUGUUGUCCUAUUUCUGUUGACUUGGUCACACAUGUUGUCCUAUUUCUGUUGACUUGGUCACACAUGUUGUCCUAUUUCUGUUGACUUGGUCACACAUGUUGUCCUAUUUCUGUUGACUUGGUCACACAUGUUGUCCUAUUUCUGUUGACUUGGUCACACAUGUUGUCCUAUUUCUGUUGACUUGGUCACACGUUGUCCUAUUUCUGUUGACUUGGUCACACACGUUGUCCUAUUUCUGUUGACAUGGUCACACACGUUGUCCUAUUUCUGUUGACUUGGUCACACAUGUUGUCCUAUUUCUGUUGACAUGGUCACACAUGUUGUCCUAUUUCUGUUGACUUGGUCACACAUGUUGUCCUAUUUCUGUUGACUUGGUCACACAUGUUGUCCUAUUUCUGUUGACUUGGUCACACAUGUUGUCCUAUUUCUGUUGACUUGGUCACACAUGUUGUCCUAUUUCUGUUGACUUGGUCACACAUGUUGUCCUAUUUCUGUUGACUUGGUCACACGUUGUCCUAUUUCUGUUGACAUGGUCACACACGUUGUCCUAUUUCUGUUGAAAUGGUCACACACGUUGUCCUAUUUCUGUUGACUUGGUCACACACGUUGUCCUAUUUCUGUUGACUUGGUCACACACGUUGUCCUAUUUCUGUUGACUUGGUCACACAUGUUGUCCUAUUUCUGUUGACUUGGUCACACAUGUUGUCCUAUUUCUGUUGACAUGGUCACACACAUUGUCCUAUUUCUAUUGACAUGGUCACACACGUUGUGCUAUUUCUGUUGACUUGGUCACACACGUUGUGCUAUUUCUGUUGACUUGGUCACACAUGUUGUCCUAUUUCUGUUGACUUGGUCACACAUGUUGUCCUAUUUCUGUUGACUUGGUCACACAUGUUGUCCUAUUUCUGUUGACUUGGUCACACAUGUUGUCCGAUUUCUGUUGACUUGGUCACACGUUGUCCUAUUUCUGUUGACUUGGUCACACAUGUUGUCCUAUUUCUGUUGACUUGGUCACACAUGUUGUCCUAUUUCUGUUGACUUGGUCACACAUGUUGUCCUAUUUCUGUUGACUUGGUCACACAUGUUGUCCUAUUUCUGUGUGUUGUGUUGGUCUCCCUUUACUUCUCAGAGCUUGAGAACAUCUGUAAGUGAGGUGGUCCAAGCCGUUGACAACCAGCUAUCCAAGCAAGAUGACUUGCAAAACAAAAAGGUUUGUUAACCUUAUAUGUCUACCAUUUCAAACAUUCAUUUUUUCUGUAACAUUCAUUUGUAUGUGUUUAGCUGGAUGCUAGAGAUGCUUACACUUUUGCAAUUAUUUAGACAAAGAUUAUGAUUCAAAGAAAAGUUAGACGAGUUUCUUUAAACUGUCAUAUUUCUCUUUUUUUGUUUUGUUUCUGUAAACAAGAUGAAUGUCAUGAGACUCAUACAAGUUGUUCGAUCAGUAGAGAAGAUUGAAAAAAUCCUACAUUCUCAAAAUUCAAAAGACUCGACAUCUCUUGAGAUAAGCAGGUACGUUUAAAAAAUGAUUGCAUCAGCUUUUUGCUGAUUUGACAUAUAGUCUAUUUACCAUACUGAUGCAUCUCAGUUAAUGAUUAAGUUUCUUUUGCUUUGUAGUCCUCUCUUAGCUGGCCAGAUUCUGGAGCGGAUUGCCACAGAGUUCAACCAGCUGCAGUUCUAUGCUGUCCAAAGCAAGGGCAUGCCCCUGCUGGACAAAGUCAGGCCUGUAUGUCCAGUCACAUCAUUCAACACUGACGGCCCCAUUGGAUUUGUGGAGUUGAUUUUCAGUACACAAACUAGACUAAGGUUAAUGGUUGAAAAUGGCCAUGCCUGCCCAAGCCUGCCCAUUGUAAACGUCCCUUUACUGACACUGUGUCUGUCCAUGCCUGUCCAUUGUAAACGUCCCUUUACUGACACUGUGUCUGUCCAUGCCUGUCCAUUGUAAACGUCCCUUUACUGACACUGUGUCUGUCCAUGCCUGUCCAUUGUAAACAUCCUUUACUGACACUGUGUCUGUCCAUGCCUGUCCAUUGUAAACAUCCCUUUACUGACACUGUGUCUGUCCAUGGCUGUGUAUGCCUAUCCAUGCCUGUCCAUUGUAAACGUCCCUUUAUUGACACUGUGUCUGUCCAUAUGCCUGUCCUUUGUAAACAUCACUUUACUAACACUGUGUCUCUCCAUGCCUGUCCAUUGUAAACAUCCAUUUACUGACACUGUCUGCCCAUGCCUGUCCAUUGUAAACAUCACUUUACUGACACUGUGUCUGUGUACGACUUGUGUUGUAGCGUAUUUCUGGCAUCACGUCCAUGCUACAGCAGUCUUUGGAGGGGCUCCUUAUACAGGGCCUCCAGACCUCCAACGUGGACAUUGUGCGUCACUGUCUACGCACCUACGCCACCAUCGACAAAACCAGGGACGCAGAGUCUCUGGUGGGACAAGUCCUGGUCAAGCCCUACAUGGACGAGGUGAGGUUGUGUUUCAUCGAAACUGUCAGGAUUAGAGGGAUAUAUAUAUAUAUAUAUAUAGAGAGAGAUAUACAGAAUUUAGGGCUGGUGUCCCGUACCCAGAUUGAUCCUGGACAAAAAAAAAUGGCUCUUAGUGCCCAGCUCACCAAUAUCUUUGCGAACUGAUGCAGAAUUGGACAGUUCAAGAACUUUAUGUACUGUGUUCUGCUUCAGAGAUGAAAUCCAUGUUUCCCUCUCUAUAGAAACAGUACUUCAGUUACUAUUUUGUUAUCGACAGGUCAUCGUUGAACAGUUGGUCAAGUCCACCCCCAAUGGCCUUCAGAUAAUGUACACCAAGCUCCUAGAAUUUGUGCCACAUCACUGUAGACUGCUGCGCGAGGUGACUGGAAUGGCCAUUUCAAGGUACGCGCCAUAGCUGAUCACGAAGUCAAUGUUCUAGAGGCUCCUCUCCCUUCAGAUAUAAGAAAGUACAUGGUAGAAUGGUAGUUACACAUUCAUAACCUGGAAAGUACAUGGUAGAAUGGUAGUUACACAUUCAUAACCUGGAAAGUACAUGGUAGAAUGGUAGUUACACAUUAAUAACAUGGAAAGUACAUGGUAGAAUGGUAGUUACACAUUAAUAACCUAGAAAGUACAUGGUAGAAUAUUAGUUACACAUUCAUAACCUAGAAAGUACAUGGUAGAAUGGUAGUUACACAUUCAUAACCUGGAAAGUACAUGGUAGAAUAUUAGUUACACAUUCAUAACCUAGAAAGUACAUGGUAGAAUGGUAGUUACACAUUAAUAACAUGGAAAGUACAUGGUAGAAUGGUAGUUACACAUUCAUAACCUAGAAAGUACAUGGUAGAAUGGUAGUUACACAUUCAUAACCUAGAAAGUACAUGGUAGAAUGGUAGUUACACAUUCAUAACCUACAAAGUACAUGGUAGAAUAUUAGUUACACAUUCAUAACCUACAAAGUACAUGGUAGAAUAUUAGUUACACAUUCAUAACCUAGAAAGUACAUGGUAGAAUGGUAGUUACACAUUCAUAACCUAGAAAGUACAUGGUAGAAUGGUAGUUACACAUUCAUAACCUACAAAGUACAUGGUAGAAUGGUAGUUACACGUUCAUAACCUAGAAAGUACAUGGUAGAAUAUUAGUUACACAUUCAUAACCUAGAAAGUACAAGUUUGUUCUUUCUCAUGUCUUUGCUCUCUGCUGUCUGUCCAGUGAGAAGGCAGACAUAGUGCCGGGAUACGACUUCUUGGUGAACUCAGUGUGGCCGGAAAUCAUCAAAGGUAUCGAGGAAAGAAUCCCAUCUCUCUUCAACGCGGGCAACCCUGACACCUUUUAUGAUGUACGUACUCUAACUACCCAAUCAUGUUCCUCUGGUAUCAAAACUGUCAAAUCAAACACAUUUUUCCAACAGAGCUUGGAAAUACAAUAGUAGGGGAAACGCUGACCCUGAGAAGUCCUACUCUCUAUAAGUAGGAGAGGGAGACCACAUUCUCAUUCGGUUCAAGUCUGUAUCUAUUUUGCAGAGGUACACCAUUAGCGUGGACUUUGUGAGGAAGUUUGAGAGGCAGUGUGGCUCCCAAGCCAGUGUGAGGAGACUGAGAGCUCAUUCCUCCUAUCAGAGCUUCCACAACAAGUGGAACCUACCUGUCUACUUCCAGCUCAGGUGAAUAGCUGUGUGCUCUAUGACCUUUGACCUCCGUGCUUCCUGUACUGACUCAGUUAUGUAUUACAGUAGUGUCCACACAACAACUCCACAGUGCUGUCAGAACUGAUAUGCUGUGGUAACCUCCCUGGCAGGGGGUGUUUCCCUUUUAUUUCAUUCAUUUUAUUUUUUAAACUUGCAUGAAUUUAUGUAUUCUGAAAUCUAUUAACAAGAAUAUCUACAACAAAAAAAGCUUUGGAUUUUGCUCCCUUUAUAGUUGUCACCUACCCUACUGAUGUCCAGUCAUCAAUUUUACUUCCUGGAUAUUGUGCUGUCAACAUGAUAUCUUGUUACAGAUAAGAAGAGGAUAUUUAUGGGCAAUGUGUCAUAAUAUGUUGUCAGAUUUGAGAGGUACUUUAGCGCUGUGUCCAACACAAGUCUGGCUUUUUGCGUAAGGCCUGAUGAAUGUUCUCUCUAAGGGAAUAUUGAUCCUCUUUAGAGUCAACGUGAAGGUUGUUGGACUCUCUGUGCCUUGCACUGUUUGUCAUCCAGCCCGGCACAUUUUACAAUGGAAUCUCCAUCAUGCUGCACAUAUUCCACAUUGUGUCAAAAAAACAACAACAUGUUUUUGAUCAAUUCCAACUGUUUUGCUCAUAGAACAGCAAGCUAGCUUAUACAUGUUCAACAGCCACGCAUUGACCUGUUGUUCCCCAUCUCUGUCACAGGUACAAGGAAAUUGCUGCAUGUUUAGAGAAUGCCAUUGCUGAUGGGUUAGAGGCAGCACCAGGUUAGUACCUAUAUCCAACUGUAAUAUAUGAAUGGAUAUAUUUUAUUAAUCAUUACCAUAAAAUACAAUAUUACCUGAUGGCUUCAAACAUUUCCUUCCUCCAUACACACUCUCCCCCUCCCUACACACUCUCCCCCCUCCCUACCAUCUCCCCCCCUACACCUCUCUCCCCCUCCCUACACCUCCCCCCUCCCUACACACUCCCCCUCCCUACACACUCUGUUCCCCUCCCUACACACUCUCUUCCUCCCUACACACUCUCCCCCAUCCCUACACACUCUCCCCCUCCCUACACACCCCCCCCCCCCCUACACACUCUCCCCCUCCCUACACACUCUCCCCCUCCCUACACACUCCCCCUCCCUACACACUCUGUUCCUCCCUACACACUCUGUUCCUCCCUACACACUCUGUUCCCUCGGGUCCUCCCUACACACUCUCCCCUACACACUCUCCCCCCUCCCUAACACUCUCCCCCUCCCUACACACUCUCCCCUCCCUACACACUCUGUUCCCUCCCUACACAACUCUCCCCCCUCCAUACACACACUCUCCCCCUCCCUACACACUCUCCCCCUCCCUACACACUCUCCCCCUCCCUACACACUCUGUUCCUCCCUACACACUCUCCCCCUCCCUACACACUCUCCCCCUCCCUACACACUCUCCCCCUCCCUACACACUCUGUUCCUCCCUACACACUCUGUUCCUCCCUACACACUCUCCCCCUCCCUACACACUCUCCCCCUCCCUACACACUCUCCCCCUCCCUACACACUCUGUUCCUCAGCGGGCAGCUCCUAUCACCUGCUGGUAUCCCAGAUGCUGUGGAACAGCUUGGUCAGGUGCUGGGCGGAGAAGGUCUACCUGCCUCCACUGGCUCACCGCUUCUGGAAGCUCACCCUGCAGCUCAUCUCACGCUACUCCAAGUUCCUCACUGAGGUACACCCUCCAACAUGGCAACCCAACCUUUCCACUACAAUAUUAAUGCUAGUGUGCGUAGUGUCUAUAGAUUCAGUGAUGCCUCUAUUAAUCUAGUGUUCAACGUAGCCUGCAGUGUCAGUAUUCCAGUAUUUUAAAGCAGCAGGAAUGAAAAUGUGAAUACUAUAAAAGGAAACGCUGGUCCUAUUAAGUUGUCAUGAUUGGUGUUUCUGUACCCUGUACCCUGUCUCCUAGAUUCUGACAAAAUCUCCCUCCACGGAGGUCAGUAAAGACCCCGUGAGGCUCCUCCCCAGCUCCGCCUCCUCCACGUCCAGUCGCACCUCUCAGGAUGAUGGGGGCAGCGAGAACGGCAGCCCAGCAACCCUCUCCACCAAACAGCUGGUCUUUAUAGCCUCUGAUGUGGACCAACUACAAGACCAGGUAGUCAUAUGGACCAACUACAAGACCAGGUAGUCAUAUGGACCAACUACAAGACCAGGUAGUGAUAUGGGGUAACUACAAGACUAGGUAGUCAUAUUGACCAAUCACAAGACUAGGUAGUGAUAUGGACCAAUCACAACAAGCCAAUGCAGGUUUGUACUGUAUUUACCUUCCAAGAAGCCAAACAGAAAUGACACAUUUCUUUAAUAAUGUGGUUUUUAAUUUUAACCAUAGCUUUUCGGGUUAGGCAACAUUAGACAUGCUAUUGCAUGAACCUUAUUAUUUGUUCAUAGUUUUCGCUACUAUUAAAAGUUUGCCUUUCUCACAGAUUCCGGAACUUUCUGAGAUGAUUAAGCAGAGACUGGAGGUCAUUGGGUAUAACAACUUUGUAAUUGUUGCAGGUAUGUCAGCAUCGUGCUUGAAAGAUUAAAUGCACACAUUGAUACGUUGUUCCAGACAGUGUUCAAUCAUGAUACUUAUUCUAUCAGCUCUUACUGCAAGUUAGUUGAUAUCAAAUCAAAUGUUAUUUGUCACAUGCGCCGAAUACAACCGGUGUAGACCUUACCGUGAAAUGCUUACUUACAAGCCCUUAACCAAUAAUGCAGUUAAAGAAAUAGAGUUAAAUAUUUACUAAAUAAAAUAAAGUACAAAAAUACAUAUAAAGUAACACAAAAUAACAAUAACGAGGCUGUAUACAGGGGGUACCGGUUCCGAGUCAAUGUGCGGGGGUACAGGUUAGUCGAGGUAAUUUGUACAUGUAGGUAGGGGUAAAGUGACUAUGCAUAGAUGUGGGGGGGGGGGGGUGUCAAUGUAAAUAGUCUGGGUGGCCAUUUUAUUAAUUGUUCAGCAGUCUAAUGGCUUGGGGUAGAAGCUGUUAAGGAUCCUUUUGGACCUUCCUUUUCCUGUAGUCCACGAUCCUCUCCUUUGUCUUGCUCACGUUGAGGGAGAGGUUGUUAUCCUGGCACCACACAGCCAGGUCUCUGACCUCCUCCCUAUAGGCUGUCUCAACGUUUUCGGUGAUCAGGCCUACCAUUGUUGUGUCGCCUGCAAACUUAAUGAUGGUGUUGAAGUCGUGCUUGGCCACGCAGUGUUGGGUGAACAGGGAGUACAGGAGGGGACUAAGCACGCACUCCUGAGGCGCCCCAGUGUUGAGGAUCAGCAUGGCAGAUGUGUUGUUACCUACCCUUACCACCUGGGGGUGGCCCGUCAGGAAGUCCAGGAUCCAGUUGCAGAGGGAGGUGUUUAGUCCCAGGGUUCUUAGCUUAGUGAUGAGCUUUGUGUGCACUAUGGUGUUGAACUCUGAUAUAUUGCCUUUUGUUUGCCUUUUUGACAAGUGUCCCUCCCUGCCUUGUGUUCUCUCUCCAGAGGCCCUAGAAGACUCCAAAGCCUCCCUGUCUGGCUGCAUUCCCACCCUGAACAGCAAGAUGACUCAGCAUUUAACCGAGAGGUGCUUCCGCUUCCUGAAGAGUGCCUCUGAAGUCCCCCGACUGUACCGCAGGACCAACAAGGUGAGACGGCCCGCCCCUCAGGCCCCAUCCUCUCAGAACAAUGGAAAAGUGCUCCCAUUAGGCUUCAACGUUGCUGAGAUGAUUAGAGAACAUCUGCUGUACAGUACCAAAUUGUUGACGAGUGCACUACACUUCCACACUCACAGGCUUGAAACGUGCCUGUUCUUCAUCCCCUGUAUAGGAAGUGCCCUCCAGAGCCUCUGCCUACAUGGACAACGCCCUGCGGCCGCUGCACCAGCUCCUGAGCGACUCCAAAGACAUGGUGAAGCCCUCCAUCGCCCAGGACUGGCUACAGGUCACACUCAAUGACUGCACUCACAGGUAGGGGCACUCUACUGUCUGUUAGACUUCCUGUGUAGGCAACUAAAGCAGUGUUACUCUACAUUCCUCCAGUACCUCCAACAGCACCUCCAACAGCACACGCUUAUGUUGUAGCCCCUGACAAAAACACCUGAUUUAACUUGUUGACAAGUAGAAUCCGGUGUGCUUGUACCAGCCACAACAAAAAUAUGUACUGUUGGGGGUGCUGUUGAGGGUACUGGAGGACUGGAUUGGGGAAACACUUAACUACAGUAUACUGGAGACUGCUGAAUGGGUUAGGAGAUCUUGUAAGGCUAAUUCUGGUCCACAUAGAAAUAUUCUACAUUGAAUGCAUGCCUUAGUUUUUAGUCCUUGUAUCGUGUUAAAAUAAUAUUUAAUAAAAUCUUAGGCGUAGUCUUCUGCUUGCUCUCUCUAGGGUCACAAUGUUUUGUCUUAAGAAUGGCACCACACAAGGACACCAACUAACAAUUGAAUUGAAUUCAAGGGCAGUCAACCUCACUAACUUAAGCAGCAUUUUGUUCUGCUCCACCAAGCACAGAAGUCUUGUCAUUUUCCAUCUUGACUUUGGGCAGAUAUUUUGA